AUGACGAGGCCGUCCAUGAUCCGUGCUGACACGGUCGACCUGCAGGACCCUCUUGCGCCGUCGGCAAAAGAUCAUUCCAACCAUACGCAUCAUCAUCCGGAGACAGUACCGAGCGCCCAAGCAUCGUCCAUUGCUCCCCAUCAAGCCGAAACCCUUCGCGAAGUUGCCCAGGAAACUGCAGAAGCCGAGGCUAAAACUCCACGGGUGUCUUGGUCGGUCGCCAAGGCCAACUACGUCUCCGAUCCUCAUCACCAACACUCCGACGAGCGCGCGGUUUCCUCGAGCAAUAACCCCACUGCUGGGCACGAUUCGCGGACCAAAAUGUACAAUCACGAGCAAGAAGAGGAGGCUCUGGCGGUGACGCAGAGUGGCGGCGCAUCCUCAAUGGAGGAGGAUGAUGUCGACGGCGAGAGCGAAAGCGAAUUGGAGGACGAUUUAAUGGACAAGAUUUCCAGUUCUCCCUCUAUUGAAGAUGGUGCGUUAAACCCUCGCACGCCCGUGGCCUGGCCGCGGCGCGAGUCCUCCCUCACGUCACCUCAACCAAACAAAGCUGCCACAGAGCUCCCUGGAUCCGAUUGCAAAGAAACGAGCUGGUGCAGUUCCGAACGAACUCUUGCGGUUCGAGAAACGGGCGUUUCAGCCUGUGACGGAAAACCACCCGUUGCUGAGUGGCGACCUUGUGACGAUGGAUACUUACUUCAACCAGAGGACAUUGAUUUCCAAUUUGUUUACGCGCUUCAUACGUUUGUGGCCACUGUAGAAGGCCAGGCCAAUGCUACCAAAGGCGACACCAUGGUUCUGCUAGAUGACAGUAACAGUUACUGGUGGCUUGUGCGAGUAGUCAAGGAUUCUAGUAUUGGCUACCUUCCAGCCGAACAUAUCGAAACGCCAACCGAACGAUUAGCGAGAUUGAAUAAGCAUAGAAAUAUCGAUCUAUCAGCAACCAUGCUCGGUGAUCAAGCCCAAAAGCAGAAAAACUCGUUCAAAUCUAUCCGAAGGAGGCGGAAAAAUGUAACAUUCGCAGAGCCUACCUAUGUCGAUUACUCCGACUUUGACUACUCAACAGACGAUGAGGACGACAUUGAAGAGUUGUUUGGGACGCGGCCGAAUAGCCUGCAGCGCAAGGAGCGACAACAGCGACGAGAGUCACGGGAGCAAGAGCAGCACGCUUCGAAGCAGAAUGGCCUCGAUGACUCGAUUGCCGACGACACAGUAAAGGUGGAGCCGCUCAAGACUCGGACGAGAAAAGGAGCCGCGGCCCAGGCUGCCAACAAGUUACAAGCCGAAGACGAUGUUGGGAGUAGCGAGGAUUCCGUGGAGGAGAAGCCCGAGGGCCCCAGCAGAUCAAGGAACGGAACUGUUAGAAACACGGACUCCUUCUUCAAGGACGACAGUGUUGAAACCAAAAAGAUCACCCUCACGCCCAACCUACUCCGCGAUGACAAUACCCCAAGACCAUCUAGCGACUCCAUUACCAGAGAAGCCAGGUCCGGAUCAAGUUUGGAAAAGAUUGAUCGGGAACUGAUCACUGACAAGGAGAAGAAGAAGCUCAAGGAAAAAGACAGAAAAGAUAAGGACAAGAAGUCUGGCGGUCUUCGAGGUUUCUUCUCACGAAAAGACAGGAAAAAAUUGUCGGAAGAUGAUGACGAGUCUUUUGGGAAGAGAUCCAUGGACAUGAUGUCGGACUCUCGCGACAGUGAUGAUCGCUCUGUUGAAGAUCAACUCUCCCCCGAGAGGCUUGGCACCGCUCAAAGACAAUCAUCCAAGCUGCAGAAAGCCGCACCGCACAACAGGACGGCCCCUGCCGGCAACGGGCAGAAGCCGCUUGAACUAUCGUCAUACCUUGCCGAGGGCCGGACGAACGACGUCUCCAGCGUUCCACCGGCCUCGAUGCGAAUAGUCGAUCCCGAGACGAACGAGCCGCAAGACGUGCCAUCCAACCAGCCAGCAAAUCGCGAUGCCGAAAGAGAGCCGACCUUGUCAACAAACGCUCAAAGGGAAGAGACUCUGGCCGCAUCCAAGCGCGCGGCCAGCCGGGGUGCAAGCAGCACCGGAACAGACACCAAGGCACAGAAACCCGCCCGAGCUCAGACCCGCCUAGAACUCGAUUCCUCCGAUAGUUCUGGAGAUGAUGAGCCUCGCACGCAACGACCACCAGCCGCUACGCCCACCCCGCCCGCGGGAGCAGAACAACGCAGCCGGACAGAUGGAUCGUCAAGGUUGCCUGUGAACAAUCGCCAAGUCGCCCAUGCCGCCGCUGCAGCAAAGCCCGAGCAGCAACGGUCGCCUCGCGGCGAUUCUUUGCCGCGGGGCCUGGGGGGCAGCGAACACCCGUCUCCCACGGGCGCCUCGAAUCCUCCUGCUCUCGUGGCCGACUCUUCGUCCCCGGAAGACAUCUCUCCAGAAGCGUCGCCGUCGCCAGAUCCCAUGUCGCCCAUGGGCGACAGCGGGCGAGGGGGUAGCUCGGCGAGCACGGCGAAAGAGGCGUCGUGGGACGAUGGCAAGUUGCUUGCCUUUUUUGACGAGAGCGACCACAUCAGGGAUCUUCUCGUGGUGGUGUAUGACAAGACAAAUGUCGAGCCUGCUGGGACUGACCACCCGGUCGUGGGUGGCCUUUUCCGAGAACAGAAUGCCAAGCUGGCCGAGAUUACGACGCAACUGGAUAACAUGCUGGGAGACUGGCUUGCCAGAAAACAGCGUCUUCGCGGCACGAUAUGA